AUGCCAAGCUCUCAGGCGCCCGAUGUGGGCACAAAUUUCACUGAUGUUCCCUGGGAGUCUGGUUUCACCCGCUCCAGUCAAGACCCAUUCUGGUUCUCCGCUGUUAACAGUGUGGUGAAGAUGGUGCUCAUAUCUGUCAUUGUGUGUGUGUCUUUAUUUGGGAAUGUGGUGGUUCUGCUGGUGUUUCAGAGGAAACCUCAGCUCCUUCACGUAGCCAACCGCUUCGUCCUCAACCUUCUCUUGGCAGACCUUCUCCAGACCAUAUUAGUCAUGCCCUUUGCCAUUGCAGCCACCGUGCCAGGUGUGUGGCCCCUGGACGCCCGACUGUGCCAAGCUCUUGUUGUGCUCAUGCACCUUUUUGCAUUCGCUGGGGUCAACACCAUUAUAGUUGUCUCCGUAGAUCGUUACCUGGCUAUCAUCCACCCUCUGUCUUAUCCCACCAGAAUGACCCCUCACCUGGGCACUAACCUGAUCAUCUGCACGUGGGUGCUCAGUUUCCUGCAGAGCACACCUCCGCUCUACGGCUGGGGGGCCAUUGACUUUGACCGCCGCCACAACGUGUGCUCGGUGGUGUGGUCGUCUAGCCUGUCCUACUCUGCUGUGGUGUCCACCUUCUCCUUCUGGCUGCCAGUGCUCAUCAUGCUUGGAUGUUAUUGGAUGGUGUUCAGAGCAGCUCGGAGGCAAAACGCACUUGUGCACCCCAUACAGACACAAUCCUACUCCCAGCCCUGCCCACAGGACUUCCAGGGACCUAGCAGUCCACAGCGGCAGCUCCAGCAGGCCAGUUCACCUGAUGGCCCCUACUCAGCCAGGGGGUACCCUGUUCGAGUCAGGCAGAGACGCUUCCACUACCACUGCAAGGCAGCUCGUGUAGUAUUUGUCAUCAUGGCCUCAUAUAUCCUCAGCAUGGGGCCUUACAGCAUACUUAACACUAUAUCUAUGAAUGCCAGAGCAGCUGUGCCGCCCUGGUUGUCCUCCCUCGCCCUUGUGCUUUUCUUUUUGCAGUGCUGCCUCCACCCCUACAUUUACGGUUACAUGCACCGCAGCGUGAGGAAGGAAUUCCUAGCCCUGCUCUGCGGGCUGUUCUGCAAACAAGGCCGCCCCAGUCAGAGCUCCGCCAUGGAGAGCUGCUUCACAACCACAGAGGGACGUACGGGUGCCCACCCUCACCUGCCCAGCCUGACUGCUAGAGUCUUCCCUCUGCGGACUUGGGAAGAGUGCACAACAUCCUCCUCUCCUACUUUUGAGAGGAAGUCCAGAGACAGUCGUAAAGAAACCACCUCAACCAGCGUCAGCUCUGAGAGAGAGCUCACAGUCCAUAGCAAGCAAAACACAUAA